AUGGGUAUGGUUUCGGCAACUGUUGCUACCGACAGCAAGUAUCUUUCUGAACUAAGCCUUGUGGUUCGCUCAACCGGUCAACCCCAAAACCCACUAAUCCGUCAUUCUUUCGCCUCUUCUCUUUUCUUCUCUCUCCUUGGAAGUGAUGUAGAAAAACUCAUCGGAGGCACUUACCUAAUCCAACUGGAAGCGGAAAGUAAACAAGCACAAGGCCAAAAGAGGGUUGUCCAGACGUAUGAGUUCUCCGUUGACAAGACUUCCUUCGGUACUCAACAGCAUUUCGCUUUUGCUUACUCGCCUGGCCAAUAA